ACUAAAAUUCCUGAACGUGUACAUAUAGUUCCGUGAACUUAAAACCCUAGCUUCACUUUUUCUAGGCGGCCUCAUUCGAAGUUAGAUCUUCCCACUAAAUCGUCAUUGGAGCUGUUUGGUAGGCAAUGGCUCCAAAGCAGCCAAGUACUGGUCUUUUUGUUGGUCUAAAUAGAGGACAUGUUGUAACCAAAAAGGAGUUGCCUCCCCGCCCAUCUGACAGAAAAGGGAAAACUAGUAAGAGAAUCCAUUUUGUGAGGAACGUCAUAAGGGAGGUUGCUGGUUUUGCUCCUUAUGAGAGGAGGAUUACUGAACUUUUAAAAGUUGGGAAGGAUAAGCGAGCGUUGAAAUUGGCGAAGAGAAAGUUGGGGACCCAUAAGAGAGCCAAGAAGAAGCGUGAGGAAAUGUCCAGUGUUUUACGCAAGAUGAGAUCAGCUGGAGGUGGAGAGAAAAAGAAGUGAACUCUGCCCCGAUUUCUUUCAGAAUCAUGUCAUGAUGAACAUUCAAAGAUUUUGAUUACCUUGUGCACUUUGCUAAUUUGGAAGUUGAAAUUUUGUUUAGUUGUUGACUAUAUGUUAACUCGAGUUUUAGCCAUUGAAAGACUUCAAUUCUAUUGCUGUUUCUAAAAUAGUAUUUUGGGCUUUCGGAGUAAGAAUUCAGCCUUCUCUUGAAUUACA